GUCCGGACAAGAGAUCUCGGUUUCCUCCCGAUUCCGCGGCACUGCCGGCACCGGCCAAACGAGCCUUUCGAGCUCAAAUUAUGGCAGACAGGCGUCUUCGCCUUGGCCAGCACAUUCAGCAUGAACCUAUACUACGUCCAGCCCAUCCUAGUCGAACUCUCUAACGAGUUUAAUGUAUCCUUCGUCCAAGUCUCCCGCAUACCCUCGCUCCUUCAGGCCGGCUACGCGAUCGGCCUCGUCUUCCUCUCCCCCCUCGGCGACCUCAUCCAUCGCCGCCAGUUCAUCUUCCUUCUCAUGACGGCGUCCGCGGGACUCACCAUCGGGCUAGCGAUCACAAAGUCGCUCGUCGCGUUCGAAGCGCUCUCGUUCUUCGUUGCGGUGGUGUCCAUCACGCCCCAAGUCCUCAUCCCGCUCACCGCCGAGCUUGCACCGGCGCACCGGCGCGCGUCGUCGAUCGCGGUCGUCAUGAGCGGCCUGCUCAUGGGUGUCAUGCUCGCGCGUGUCUUGUCGGGCAUCAUCGCGCAAUUCUCCAGCUACCACAACAUAUACUGGAUGGGCGUCGGCGGCCAAUUCCUCCUCCUCCUGACAAUGUACCUCGUCUGCCCGGACACACCGCCGAAGAAUCCCGACCUGACGUACCUCCGCAUCCUGGGCACGAUGGCGCGCUUCGCGGCGACCGAGCCGCUGCUCAUCCAGACGGGGCUCAUCCUCUUCGCCGACAGCGCCAUCUACGCUGGGUUCUGGGUCACCAUGACCUUCCUGCUCAGCGGCGCGCCGUACCAGUACUCCACAUUAGACAUUGGGUUGUUUGGCCUGCUGGGCAUCUUCGGGAUCAUGAGCGCGCCGUUCGUCGGGCGCCUCAUCGACGGGCUCAUCCCCUGGGCGGCGGGGCUGCUCUUCAUCGGGCUGAUACUCGUCGCGAUGGCGAUACAGACCGCCGCGGGAGGGAUCAGUAUUGGCGCGGUGGCUGUGGCGAUUUUCGUGCUGGAUGUGGGCGUGCAGGGGCUGCAGGUGGCGCUGACUACGAAUGUGUUCAGUAUAAACCCCAGUGCGCGGGCGCGGCUUAAUGCUUUUGUUAUCCUCUGCUCUGACGCUCGGAAACAGGGCCAAGUGAUGGGCACAUCCGUCUCGACGCGGCUCUUUGUCAAGGGUGGGUACCGUGCCGUCGGGUACUUCGCGCUCGGGCUCGCGGGGCUGGAUUUGGUGCUCCUCUUGCUCCGCGGGCCGCGGUUGCCCCAUCACCGGUGGCUCGGGUGGACUGGGGGAUUGGGGCUCAGGAAG